CAAGUAGAAAAUAUGGGUUCGCUUGUCCUAUGUCCAAUUUGCGUCGAAGUGCUUCUGCUGGUAAAGCUUAGCGAAAGUCGUACGCUUAGGACUGAAAAUUUAGAAGUGAAACACAACAAUAAUGAUGAUUAUUAUCAAGAGGUAAUGGAUAUUUUUAAAUCAAAUGAGCAUCGCCUUUAUUCUGAUGAUUAA